AUGUCUUCGCCAAGUGCCUCUUCGCCACAAGGCAUUAUAGAGGCCCAUGUACGUGAUACGAAAGAAAAAGAUGCCAAAUUGCAAGAUACCAUCACUCCAUGGCUCCAAGACGAGCCUGUGUCGCCCACAGUGAGUGGACCCCACACGCGCGAGGGCAACACGUUACGGCGUCUAAAUCCUUUCCAGAUGUUUCGCUCCAACUCGGUGAAAAAUCUAGCGCGGCCAGCCAAAGACAACGACGAUCGUAAGUCACGUUUUCGGCUUUCCGAUGGGUUGCACUCGUCUCCGUCGCCCAAGCCGAGCGUCGUAAACCCCUUACGCCGUCAGCGGCGCGGCAAGGUAGCUGAUGGAGCUACGUCAGAUCUACAGAAGGCGCCUGAUAUGGAUCCUUUGCGGAUCCUUACGGAGCCUCUGACCAAGCGUGCCUCGCGUGACUCCACGGCGUCCCAACCGCCAGCGCAACCCCAUGGCGUCAUCCUGGAUACCAAUUUGGACGAUGUAAGCGACAUUGUGGAUUGGUCACGUAUACCACCGACCGAAUCCUCUUCUCGCCCCCCUUCCCUGUACUCACCCACGUCGCAUACACCUUCACUCGUCCCCAUAUCGCCUCGAGCUUUGUCGCCUACCAACAAUGCUGGGCCGGGCGGUGAGCAUGCUGCACCGUCUAUAUCACGCGCACCACCCGGUGCAGGUGCUAAGCCGGCCACCGUCCUUGUCCCUGCGCCGGUAGAACCGACACCCGCUUCCUCGACGGCGUCUGCGUCGCCUGUGAUUGUCCCUGUCCAACCUCGUUCUACGUCGGUAAAAACGCAGCCCUCGCCGCAGCCCUCUCCUACCAUUACCCAGCCCGUCCCUGUGCGCAGCGCCUUUGUACCGUCACGCGGUAUGCAUCGACGAACAGGUUCGCUGGAAGCUCUUUUUCAUCCGCGUCGCUCGCACGAUAGCGAACGACCUGAGUCUCGAGCAGCGACAGCGCAACAACGCCUCAGCAGUGGUGCGUCCGAUUCCUCUACCUUUUGGCACCCACGCUCGUCAUACCAUGGGAGUGAAGACUCAUCUCUGGGUCAGCACAGUGCGCCGCCGCCCAUGCCCAUGUUGACAGAAGCGGGUACAGACUCGCCGCGCCGUUUUGCGCCUGGCAGUCGGCCUGGCACUCCCUUUUCUAUACGCAGGACCAGCAGUCCGCGCGUCUUUUCCUCGGGCAGUGGACAGACGAGUCGCCCAGCGACGCCCUUGCACCCCGUCGAUCCGUUUACCGGCGUAGCGACGACCGCCGCGACAUCCUCCACAUGGACGGCGCCGGCGAGUUGGGCCGUGCUGCAUGAAGGGGCCGAACAUGAUUCAUUGAUACGCAAUAUUGGGCCUGAGAACGUCGAAGAGGACGAUGCGAUGGCCUGGCGAGCGCUAGCGAUGGCUAGCGAAGUGCCGUACCAUCCGACUGACAGCGAACGUGGGUCUAUCACGAUCUACGAGCCUGUGGUCGAGAUGGAUGCAAGUAGGGACUCUACACCGGUGCCUACGAUGACGACGGCCCCCACCGGUGUGGCGUCCUCGCAUGAUACCCAUGGGCCGAAGAAGCCGCGGUUCUUCCGCCGCGCUCAUUGGCGUGCGGAAUCGCCUGCGGGUUCCCUGUAUGAAACGACUUUCCAUCGUCAUGGCCACCAACACCACCACACAUCUCAUGACCAUGCUCCUUCUCCUGACGGGUCGACUCCGCAGCCCGCGGCCAAGGGGGGGCUCAUAUGUGUCGGCCCAGUGGCGUUUGGGCGGCGUGGCUUGCAUACGCAUUUGCCCUUCAUCAAGGCCAAGCCGCGUGAGGCUCGCGAUGCACGUGAUACCAUUGAUGCCCUGGACUCGGCGAUGGACCCUGCGCAGGCGCAAGUGCAAGCGCAGUCGCGUGCGCCGCCUGCUUCGUUGGGGCCGCGGCUGUCGGAUGCGUCGAUGAUUGCCGACGAGGCGCAGGGCAAGACGUUUUUGCGUGUGUAUGUGCAAGAUGAGAUGUACUUGAUCAUUUCGUGUGCCGUUGAAACGACGACCGCGGAAAUUUCGUAUGCGCUCUCCCAGCAUACGUCGCUGCCCGAGUCACAGGGCCACAGGCUGUUUGUCUAUGAGCGCGGCACGGAUCGGCCGCUCCUACCCACGGAACAUCCUGCACGUCUUUUCCGUCGCCGUCUGGUCCAGGAAGGAUACACGGAGGGCGAUGGGCUUGACACCCUCGGCAAGCUCGAUAUGAGCCAUCUGCUGCGCUUUGUAUUCCGAGCGGAUCGCGUCUCGACACUCCCACUCCCAUCGCUGCAAGGCGAUGAAACGGACAAGCAUUUGAAUUUGCAGGCGAUGCAUUUGACCAUGAUCCCUGUGCCUGUCUACAAGUACGCCAAAUGGAUCGUUAGCUUGGACUUGUCGAUGAACCCACUCACGGAACUGCCUCGUGACUUUGUCGAGCUAUGUACGUCGCUGCGUAUGCUGCGCCUCUCGGUUCUUGCGCUGAAACGUGUGCCGGAAGGCGUGACGAGUAUCAAGACACUGACGCACCUGGAUGUCAGCUCAAAUCGCAUCGUCGACUUGGAUCAUGUGGCCCUGCAUGAGCUGCCGGAACUGCGGAUGAUCCGCGCGACGAACAACCGCUUGUCCUCCGUCCCGACGUACAUUGCGAUGAUGUCAUCCUUGCAGUCGAUCAACCUGUCGAACAACCGCUUGGAUACCUUCCCUGCGCGUCUGUGUGCCAUUCCGCACCUGCGUGACUUGGACUUGUCGUUCAAUACUAUUAACCAGAUCCCGCCGGAAAUCGGUCAGCUGAAAGAGCUGGAACGUCUUCUCCUUGCAGGCAACUCAAUCCGCCGCUUACCGGCGGAAAUGCAGUCGUUGCAGGAACUGCGUGUGCUUGACGUUCGCUACACCACAUUGCACUCGCUGCAAGAUGUCUUGCAUCUGCCGCGCUUGGAGCGUGUCCUGGCCGACCACAACUAUAUCACCAGCAUCGACUCGCCCGUGAGCAGCUCGCUGAGUGUGCUCCACAUGGCGCACAACCCCCUGAGUCGCGCGGCCCUCUCGGUCAUGGCUGCCAGUCGGCUUACGCAGCUGGAUCUCUCGUUUGCGAACCUUGUAUCGAUCAACGAGACACUGCUGGGCGCCGUCCCGAGCCUAACACGUCUUGUACUGGACCACAACCAACUGGCGUCGCUGCCUCGUCUGGACAUUGUAUCGCAGCUGCAGUACCUCAGCUGUGCCGGCAAUGCCAUUGGGUUCCUUCCAGAGACCAUCGGCACCUUGUCCAAGCUGCAGCAUCUGGAUCUGCACAACAACAACAUUCGCACACUGCCCUCAUCGCUGUGGUGCUGCAAGAGCCUCAUCUCGCUCAAUGUGAGCUCCAAUUUGCUGGAAAAAUGGCCACGAGCCGAGGAUCCCUCCGAGGCGCCGCUGCAGUACUCGCUUAUGUAUUUGCGUCUGGCAGACAAUCGCCUGGGCGACGAUGUGUUCCACCACAUUGCGCUACUGCAUGAGCUGGAAGUGCUCAACUUGUCGAUGAACGAGAUUUACGAUAUCCCGCCAGGGACCCUCUCGCCACUGGCGGAACUCCAUGAACUGUACCUCUCGUCGAACUACCUCAGUGCCCUCCCGUCGGACGAUCUGGAGCGCCUUACGAAGCUGUGCAUUCUGUACUUGAACGACAACAAGAUGCAAUCGCUACCGGCUGAACUCGGUCGGCUCCAGCAGCUUCGUGCGAUUGAUGUCGGGAGCAAUAUGCUCAAGUACAACAUUGCCAACUGGCACUAUGAAUGGAACUGGAACGCCAACUUGGAGCUACGCUACUUGAACCUCUCUGGCAAUCAGCGCUUUGAAAUCCGGCCCAAGCUUGCGGAAAUCGAUGGCCGCGAGAGAAACCUGGCCGACUUUAAUCGGCUACGUCACUUGCGUCUGCUCGGCCUGAUGGAGGUGACCAUGACGCACCAGCCACUACCUGACGAGAGCGAUCAUCGUCGUGUACGCACGACGCUGGCGCAUGUAAAUGCUAUGCCCUACGGCAUGGCCGACUCGAUCGGACGGCAUGAUGCGAUCCACAUCUUCGACUUGGUCCUUCCGCAGUACGGUGGCAAUGAAAACGAAGCGCUCUUGGGUCUCGUGCAGGGCCACUCCUCCUCGCCCUUUGCCGCUACACACAUCGCGCGGUUCCUCACACAUUACGCGCCCGAGGUCUUGCAAGAGGAGCUCGUGCCCUUGCAAUCCAAUUACGAGGGCACAGAUGUCGUGCCGACGGCCAUGCGGCGUAUGUUCCUCAGGCUGAAUCGCAUGUACGCUGAGCAUGUGCUUCACCGCCAUUCUGCGCAUACAGCCUCGCUCAAGUCGUCUCACGCUUCUUCGUCGUCAUCGACGCCGGAUAGUCACCACACGCAGGAGAUCUUUUGGGGUUGGGGUCAAGGCGCAUCGCCCGAUACGCUGCUAUGGCAGGCCAAUGCCAGUGCUCUCUUUGCGUACCUAAAGGGACACAUGCUGUACAUUGCGAAUGUCGGCGACGUGAUUGGUGUUCUCUCGCGCGCGGGCGGUAUGGUCAAAGUACUCGGCACCAAGCAUGAGCCAUUGGAUCGCGAUGAAACGCAUCGUAUCCGGGCCGCCGAGGGAUGGGUGUCGCACCGCAAUAUGGUCAACGAUCGCAUGAAUGUGGCCCGUGCGUUUGGCCACUUCCACCUCUCCCCCGUCAUCACGGCAUGCCCCUCGGUGCUCUCUUUGCCGCUCACCGAUGCCGAUGAGUUUGUGAUUAUUGCUAACGAGGAGCUGUGGAAGCACAUGUCGUACCAAAUGGCCGUGGAUAUCGCCCGUAUGGAUCGCCAGGAUCCACGUCUUGCCGCCCAGAAACUACGCGAUACUGCCUUGGCCUAUGGCGCAUCGGAAUACAUCUCUGUCAUGGUUCUUACAGUAGGCGGCCUCUUCCAUGAGCACCUCAAUGCCCAUGCACAAGUCCAGCAUGCAUGGCAACGUGGCGGUAUUGAGUCGGUGAAAAAGAUCCACCGACGUGGUCGAACGGACACCGAUAGUACGUUGGCUCGUCUGGACCGGGAGGUACUUCCACCGAUUGGGCAAGUGGCUCUCGUAUUUACCGAUAUCAAGAGCUCCACACUGCUUUGGGAAUCCAAUCCUAGCAUGCAGGCAGCGAUUCGGCUGCACAACCUGCUCCUUCGUCGGCAAUUACGCAGUAUUGGUGGGUAUGAAGUCAAGACCGAAGGCGACGCUUUCAUGGUCUCGUUUGAGUCCGUGAGUGCCGCGUUGCUAUGGUGCUUUAGCGUGCAGCUUCGUCUGCUCAACGUCGAUUGGCCGCAAGAGAUCCUCGAUACGGAGCAGGCACACCCUGUGUUUGGAGAUGAUGGGUCCCUACUCUAUCGUGGUCUAAGCGUACGUAUGGGCAUUCACUGGGGCUGGCCUGUAUGUGAAGUGGAUCCGGUGAACAAUCGUAUGGACUACUUUGGCCCUAUGGUCAAUCGGGCGGCGCGAAUUAGUGGCGCGGCAGAUGGUGGGCAAAUUCUCGCGAGCCAGGACGUGGUCCAGGAACUGGAACGAUUGUUUACCAAGUAUGGACCGACCGAUGACUUGCCGAGCGAAGUAGGCAGUGAGGCGCCGACCAAUGCAUCGACGCCCCGUGAAGUCGUCUUGCUUCGUCGUAUGGGUCUCGGUAUUAUUUCCAUGGGCGAGCGACGUUUGAAAGGGAUUGAAACGCCUGAAAAGCUGUUCCUUCUGCACCCGAAAUUGUUGGCUGGUCGGUAUGCCCAUCUGGCCGGCGUACGACGAGGCGGCGAAACACUUCAAGUAUACGAGCCCACUAGAGAACUUGUGGAGCUCAACCAAAUCAAGCAGCUAGGCUACUUGUGCAUGCGCCUCGAGUCGCUCACAAACAACAAAUGCUUCCCUGGUAUCGACCCGAACGAUCCCUGGUCUGAGCUUGUGGCCAAGGACUUGAAACUUCCUCGCACUCGCGUUCCUGUCCCAGCUGAAGAGCGUACUGCGCUUGUUGAGCGUGUUGUACACGAGGCGCCCGAUUUGUGCAUCAUGGCUGACCGAGAAGAUGCGACAGACGCCGAAUUGGUCCCCGUGCUCAUCCAGCUCAUUACGCGUAUUCGCAAUAGCGUUCGCAGCUUAGCCCUGGACUUUGCUCGGCAGUCUAUCGGCGGACCUCAUGCCGAUGAAGCUAUGAAACUCUUGUUCGACGAUAUGGACCUCGACACUUAA